CAGUUGCUUUUCGCAAGUCCACUUUUCUCAACGCUUCUGUUUCCAAGCUGCUCCAAGUUUGAAGGCCCGUGGGGUAAGGAAGAGGACUGGAGAAAGACUCUCUGACGGCGACGAAACCAAGGGAGCAAAAUCCCAAAGCCUCUCAGCCUCAUCCUCAUGGACUUCCACCAGAACCACGUCGCCAAUUCUCCCUCCUCCUCCUCCUCCUCCACCUCAUCCAUGACCACCACUCCUAACCCCAACGGCACCGGCGCCGUAGCAGCAUCCACCACCGACGACCCCAUGCACUCCUGGUGGGAAUCCAUCUCCAAAGCUCGCUCCCGCAUCCACUCUCUCUCCUCCAUUUUGGACCCUUCCGUCUCUCCCUCACUCUCCUCCCUCGCCGACUCCGACCGCCCUGCCCUCUCCCUCCUUUCCUCCCCAGACGCCUAUGCCGCCGUCUGCUCCUCCCUAUCGUCUCCUCUCUCCGGCUCUGGUUCCGAUCCUCUUUGCCAUUGGCUCUACGAUACCUUCCUCUCCUCCGACCCACACCUACGACUCGUCGUUCACUCCUUCAUCCCACUCCUCUCCGGUACCUACCUCUCUCGCAUCCACUCCCUCUCCUCCGAUUCCCCUUCUCUCCCUUCCCUCGCCGGCUUCGAAGCUGUCCUUCUGGCUCUUUACUCCGCCGAGACCAAGGCUCGAGCCGGCAAGCCCCUUGUCGUCUCAGUCCCCGACCUCUCCCAGCCCUCCCUCUAUCACGCCCCUCUCAACAAGCCCAAUUCUCAAUCUCCCACUCACGCUACGCAAUCCAGACCUUCCGUUGGUGUCCUAUCGCCUCCUCUUGAGCCCCAGAUCGCCGUCAAGUCCACCAAGCGAGCCUGCAUCGUCGGCGUAGCCCUCGAUUCCUAUUACAAGCAGAUCUCCCAGAUGCCGGCUUGGUCCAAGCAUGAUUUCUGUCUGUUUGCCGCGUCCUGGGCUGGCCAGGACUGCUCUUGUCAGCAUCAAUUGGAUGGUGAUGAUGGCCAACCGGAGAUUGCUGGGUUUUCGGAGAUUAGGAGUUUGGAAAAUGGAAAACAAAUCGACGAUGCCGUGGAAGAGAUGGCCCAUUUGAGAAUCCAACAGAACGGUUGUGGUAGUAGCGCUAAUGGGGUUUCAAAGGGGUCGAGAAUUCCCUUGCCUUGGGAGCUCCUUCAACCGGCAUUGCGGAUUUUGGGUCACUGUUUGUUGGCUCCACUCAAUUCGCAAGAUGUUAAGGAGGCUGCUGGGGUUGCAGUUAGGCGUUUGUACGCAAGGGCAUCUCAUGAUUUGGUGCCACAGGCAAUCUUGGCAACCAGAAGUCUCAUUCAGCUCCAUAAGAGGGCUCGUUCGGCAGCCAUGGCGGCUGCGGCUGCUGCUGCUGCAACAGCCAAUUCUUCUUCUAAUUCAAACACACCAAGCAAAGCUAAGAAACCUGAAAUCCUGUUGGUUUCGAAGUGAGUUAGUUGGCUUUGAGUGACACCGUUUGCAUUUUGGAGGUAAUAGAUGUUGUAUAGUUUUCUCAAGCAGCCUGUUUGUAUCUGUAGAUUGUAGUUUUCUUAUACUUUGAUAUGCUUUUUUUUUUAAUUUUUUUUUUUUUUGGGUUUAAUGGAUAAUUUAUACGACUUACGUUCUUGAUAUCGUAGCUGUGUCUGACCGAGUCUAUUCCUCUUGGUUUGGUUUUGUUGUGCAUUAUUUUCUACAUUAAUGGUGUAUGAUUUACCUUUGAUUUUGUUAUUAUAUUUAAGAACAUUGGAAAAUUUUCUUAGUUAUAUAUAUCAUUUGCCUAUUAUUGA